CACGCUCGUCUGAGCACGUCCAGCUGCCGCAACUAGAGCCAGAUACGUAUCUUCAAGUGUACACGCAUAGAUCACUCCGUCGGCCCUGUGCCACCACACCCGACGAGUAUGAAGACAACGAACGACUCUCGGUGCUGGGAGAGAAGGCCUUCGAUGCUGCAGUGACAACGGUGCUGUUCUAUGAACGUCCGUUGUUGGGGCUCCCUGAGAUGGAGGAGACUAGGCGAAGAAAAAAGACAUAAUCUCCUGGAUGAAAAUCGACUCCUGGGUGCGACGCUAUCAGAUGCGAGAGAAGGUCAGAUGCCAUCCAGAUUUUUUCGAAACUCUACAUACUCCUGAAGAAACAAACGCCUUAUUCUAUGCAUAUGUCGGCGGUGUGUUCGCAAAUCUCGGAAUGGAUGCAGUACAAGAGUGGAUCAGUGCGCUAAUAGGACUAGGAGGACUACAGCGACCACCUCCUCUGCACCGCAAAAUGAAGAAUCUACCUACAAGUCAGCUGCCACCUAUCCAGUCUACGCCCACUUUCGCUCCUAGGACCCAAUUCGUGCCAUCGCAGCAAAUGUCGUCUGCUCAAUUCUCACGUUUCCCGUCAGCUCCCAUGCCGAUGUUUCCACCUCUGCCGAUAGCCAAACCACCGCCUCCGCCGAAACAACCCAACCCAAUAACGCCCGCCCAGCCCCACCUAGCAUUUCUGCCUCAGUUCAACGAAAAGGCCUCUCAACGACGUGUGGUGGUCGAAUAUCCUGCUCAGUUCAGUGGUCCUCCUCAUGCUGGAAAGUGGACGGUCAAGUGUGUUGUCAAUGGGAUCGAGAAGGGUCUGGGUGCUGGUGGGAACAAACAGAUUGCCAAGGAACAGGCAGCACGGGCGGCCUAUUACGCCAUGGGAUGGAGUUGAGAGAUUAUUAUUAUUCUUGACAUCAUGAUAUGUCAGGAGUAUUAUCAAUCGCUUUUGCCAAAUGGACCGUGCUUAUUCUUGGCAUCGUCGGGUAGACGAGAGCCAAUAUUAUUAUAUUGGCUCGAGUCUACCCGACGCGGGCCGUAGUAUGCUUAAAAUAAUUAUUUAGUCAGAAUGCAUUCAUUUUUCCUGCUGA